UUCACACUAUUUACAUGUUUUUUAACGUACUUUAACAUUAAUUAACAUCAUGAGCAUAAAGAAUAAUGCUGGUAAAUACUCAGGUUUGUGGUGGAAUACAACAUCGAACAAUUAUGAACUAAAGAUCUAACUCAUAUAAUGUGUUGAUUGUGUUGAAUUUGAUGUCGGAAUGAUGGAAGUAUCGAAAAUAGUUCUGAUUUUAUUCACGGUUGUCACCAGAAGUAUAAGUUCACUACAAACUUGUCCAGAAAAGUCAAUCUGGAUUGUCUCAGAAUGCCUCUGUGAUCUACGCCGUGGUUAUUUUGGUGAAGAUCCAUACAAAUGUGACCAGAGAAACUGCAGUGAUGGUUUUAUACUGACAAGGAAUGGUACUUGCAAACUUUGUACUGCUGACGAUGAUGUGAAAAACUGUUACAAAAGCAAAAGACAGACGAGCAACAGUACAUUGACAACUCCAUUAAUUGCAGUUUCGAUUUUACUGGCAAUUCUAUUGCUUAUAUGUAUAGUUGUGCUCAUAGUGUUCAUUUUAAAAAGGAGACGGCGGAAAAGAGAUCGAAAUACUGCUCCAAGGUCAAGUCCAUUACUGGCACUCAGACGAAAUCAUCAGGAAAUCAGCUCUGAACGAAAUAGUUCAGUAUAUAGUUAUGCCGACAGCUCAGUUAUUGGUUUAUCAUAUAGAGAUGUAUCGAAUAGUUCCAAUCUUAUUAACAGAAUAAAUCUACCGAUGAUUGAUGAAACUAAAGUGAAAAAGACAAGAGAACAACUCCGAAAUGCUAUUCCAAUUCCACCACGACUUCACCCAAGUCACAGCCAGGAAUAUAGUUUCAGUAGUCCGGAUGUAACAAUCAGUGAAAUGACUUCUGCUGGUGACCGAAGAUCAAACAGUAACCCCUUUGUAGCUAGCCAGCAAGUAAACCAAAGUUUAACAUCCUGGCCAAUUAAGCAUUCGAAUUCCAAUUCUAAUGAAAGUUGUCGUAACUUAGAAAGAAGGGUGACUUAUCAUGUAUCAACAAAUGCCGAUAGAUACACACAAACAGGAAGUUCGUUAACAAUAGAUUCAAUUGAUCGGUGUUCAACUAACAAAAAUGUAUUAAGCUGGAAUGGGGAAGAUGUACCUGACAACAGAGACAUAGAAAACGACGAUAUGGAAUAUCAUGGUCCGAUCAUCUUACCAUUGGCUGUGCCUAUUUACCAAACAAUUGAGAUGGAAAACUUGUUAACAGACACAACAUGUGUGACAACGGAUCUGGAUGAUCUAAGUGAAGAUACAAAGCUAAUGAAGCCAUUUCUAGAUGACCUUUCUUCGAAUCCACCUCAACAAGAUAUGGAACAAAAUUUAACUGCAGAAAACAUUGAUGAUCAUCGGAAUGUUGAUGACUAUGAAGCGAUUCAAGUUCCCCAGGAACCAAGAAACAGUUUUUCAAAUAAUGCAGUAACUAUUCUUGGAAGGUUGCAGACGUUGAUUUUAAAGGAGGAUAGUAAACUUCAAAGAAAAACGGAAGAGACAGAAUCGUUGAAAGAAGAAGUAAGAAGGUUACGCGAAAGUGUUGAACAAAAGGACAAAGAGUUGCAAGAUAUUCAUCAGUAUCUAGGCGGUAUUAUGGAUAACUUUCCACAUGACAGAAAUUCUAUGGAAGAUAUUUGUAAUGACUUACAGCCAAGUAACCCGCAAACUGAAGAUGUGAAACAGGAUCAAUCUGGCAACGACAUAUACUACAGCAAGCAAUUAGUUUGAUACUUCUAUGAUGUAUAUGUAUUCAUGUACUAAUCAUUCUUGAAGUGAACGAUGAAGUUUUUCGUGUAGAUGAUAACAAAAAAAAAUGCAUGGCAUUUUUAUGCAGAUGAUAAAUUUGUGUUUUAUAAAACGCUAUAUAAGUUUUUAAUGAAUUGUUUAGAAUCGUGUUCAUUGUGGUUUUCUGCAUAGAUACUACAAAAUUAUAUGAUUUGUUAUUAUGAUGCUUUGUUUCGGAUACCUCGAGCAAAAACAUAAAAAGAGGGAACAGGGGAUUUUGUAUUUGUUCCAAUGCAUUUAUAGUCAGCAGUUUGUUGUUGUUGAUGCCUUCAAAAUGAAAACGUAUGUACAUAUGCAUCUUGUCCAAUUUGAAGUGUAUCUCGUUACCUUAUCCAGAGACAUAUAAUACA